AUUUCACUAUUUUCACCUGUUUUUCAGGUUUACGUGGUGCAAUAGCUUUUGCAUUGGCUAUUCAAGACACAGAAUCCCAACCCAAACAAAUGAUGUUCACAACAGCACUGCUUAUUGUGUUUUUCACAGUCUGGGUAUUUGGGGGAGGCACAACACCAAUGCUCACAUGGCUUCAGAUCAGAGUUGGUGUAGAUCCAGAUGAAGAUAUGAAAGCAGAAGCUGCAAACCAGACUGCAUGUAACUUGGAUAAAAAUACAACCAAAGCAGAGAGCGCGUGGCUGUUCAGAGUUUGGUAUGUAUUUGAUCACAGGAAGCCUGAUGGUUUCACAAGAAUUCCCACUGAGAUGAAUGCUAAUAGCAUCUGUCUUUUCCACAAUGUCCACACUUGCAAAAAUUACAAUUUGCUACAAAUACAAACUACAUUUUAACAUUAUGCAAAGCACCAUCUUAGAGUAGCUAAAAAUAUAUAGGUUCCCUUAAAAUGAUAACCAUUUAAUGUAACAUUUACAAAAUCAUGUUAGUCUUUUAUCCUUUCCAUGGGUUAUUACACUUACCUUCCCCCUCUUUUCCACUAUAAGAGGGAGAAACUGAGGUGUAUGUUUUCUGAAAGGAAUGAUUCGCUGGUUUCUGCAGCUGGAGUGCCAACUUUAGUUAUUCUUGGAAUACCCAGAUGAGAACAUAUGGUUAUCUGAGAAGUAAUGUGCAUUUCUUUCACUUCAGCUCUUAUCAGGUGAUAUAAUUUUCCUUUGCAAUAAUCUAAUUUGAGGGAAGUUGUUCUAUAGUCCUAUUUACAAUUGGUAAAAAUGGGACUAAAACACCUCUUCUUGCACUGUUCAGAUAACUAAAAAAAUUAACAAUAUUUUGACUUUAACAGUUGACAACUUUAAAAAGGUUGAAGCUUGUCCAGAAUGCUGCUCUUAGAUAAUUUCAUUUAUUUCAGAUAUCAAGCUGCCAUUUAGAGGCUUCACAGAUUAAUCUAAUAGAUUCAAGCCCUAGCUCUUAACUAACAUCCCUAGAUUUGAACAAAUCUUAGAGUCCAUGUGGUACAGCCUUUGUUCCUGUUGAUCUGUAUUUCACAAAGUUAUCUUUAAUUUGCUAACUUUUAACUCCAUUAUAAAAAAUAAAUUAAAAAAAA